CGGCUCCUUCCGCCGCCUGCAAAGGAGGGUCCUGGGGCAGGAGCGAGUGGGAGGGGGUGAGGCCGGAGCUGCUGCCCAGAGCGAGGAGGAGAAGCUCUGCCAGACACAGAAGCGCCGCGAGAGCUCAAACUUUUGGUGGGCAACCACCUUGGGGCUGAAUGUGACAAAGCAAGGAGAUGGCCAAGAUUAGCACCCAAUACUCCCACCCCUCCAGGACCCACCACCUCGCCGUAAGGACCACGGACAGAGAUCUCGAUGGCAUUGAAAACGGCCUGAGCAGGACCCACUCGCCAUGUGAGCAGACAUCGUCAGAACUGCAGGAAGGCAUCACUAUGGAGACCAGAGGACUGGCUGAAUCCAGGCGAAGCUCCUUCACCAACCAGGGACCUGCCAGGUUGUCACGCCACAUCAUCUCGCUGCGCGCCUGGGCCGCCAGGCACUUACGCCACGAGGACCAGAGGCCCGACUCUUUCCUGGAGCGUUUCCGCGGAGCCGAGCUCACGGAGGUGUCCAGCCGCGAAAGCCACGUCCAGUCCAACGCGGGCAGCCAGGAGCAGCCAGACCGGGGGAGAAGGAGACCCACGAAGAAGAAGGGCACCGUCGUGGUGGACCCCUCCAGCAACGUGUACUACCACUGGCUGACCGUCAUCGCCAUGCCCGUCUUCUACAACUGGUGUCUGCUCGUGUGCAGGGCCUGUUUUGAUGAGCUUCAGUCCGAGCACCUGAUACUUUGGCUGGUCCUGGACUACUCGGCAGAUGUCCUCUACGGCUUAGACGUGCUGGUCCGAGCCCGGACAGGCUUCCUGGAGCAAGGCUUGAUGGUCACGGAGGCCAACCGGCUGUGGAAGCACUACACAAAGACCUUGCACUUCAAGCUGGACAUGUUGUCCCUGAUCCCCACGGACCUGGCUUAUUUUAAGCUGGGCAUGAACUAUCCAGAACUGAGGUUCAACCGCCUACUGAAGUUGGCCCGGCUCUUCGAAUUCUUUGACCGCACAGAGACGAGGACCAACUACCCCAACAUGUUCAGGAUUGGGAACCUGGUCUUGUACAUCCUCAUUAUCAUCCACUGGAAUGCCUGCAUCUACUUUGCCAUUUCCAAGUUCAUUGGUUUCGGGACUGAUUCCUGGGUCUACCCAAACAUCUCAAACCCAGAGUAUGGGCGCCUCUCAAGGAAGUACAUUUACAGUCUCUAUUGGUCCACCUUGACCCUGACCACCAUCGGUGAGACCCCACCCCCCGUGAAAGAUGAGGAGUAUCUCUUUGUGGUCAUUGACUUUCUGGUGGGUGUCCUGAUUUUUGCCACCAUUGUGGGCAACGUGGGCUCCAUGAUCUCAAACAUGAACGCUUCACGGGCCGAGUUCCAGGCCAAGAUUGACUCCAUCAAGCAGUACAUGCAGUUCCGCAAGGUGACCAAGGACCUGGAGACACGGGUGAUCCGGUGGUUCGACUACCUGUGGGCCAACAAAAAGACGGUGGAUGAAAAGGAGGUGCUCAAGAGCCUCCCCGACAAGCUGAAGGCUGAGAUUGCCAUCAACGUGCACCUGGACACUCUGAAGAAGGUCCGCAUCUUCCAGGACUGCGAGGCGGGGCUGCUGGUGGAGCUGGUGCUGAAGCUGCGGCCCGCAGUGUUCAGCCCCGGGGAUUACAUCUGCAAGAAGGGCGACAUCGGGAGGGAGAUGUACAUCAUCAAGGAGGGCAAGCUGGCUGUGGUGGCCGAGGAUGGGAUCACCCAGUUUGUGGUCCUGAGCGAUGGGAGUUACUUUGGGGAGAUCAGCAUCUUGAACAUCAAGGGGAGCAAGUCGGGGAACCGCAGGACGGCCAACAUCAGGAGCAUCGGUUAUUCCGACCUGUUCUGCCUCUCCAAGGAUGAUCUGAUGGAGGCUCUCACCGAAUACCCUGAGGCCAAGAAGGCACUGGAGGAGAAGGGGCGGCAGAUCUUGAUGAAGGACAACCUGAUCGACGAGGAUCUGGCCAAGGCUGGGGCAGAUCCCAAGGACAUCGAGGAGAAGGUGGAGCACCUGGAGUCCUCCCUGGACACCCUGCAGACCAGGUUUGCACGGCUCCUGGCUGAGUACAAUGCCACCCAGAUGAAAGUGAAGCAGCGGCUCAGCCAGCUGGAAAACCAGGUGAAGACUGGCCUCCCUCCUGAUGAGGAUGCUCCCGGGGAUGCUCCACAAACAGAGACCAAACAACAGUGAGGAUGCAGAUGUCUGUCUCCCGCUUCCCAGAGUCAGCUG